UAUUAGACCUCAACCAAAGGUCUUUUUUUGGUGUGCAAGAUCCAAAAAUGGAUAUUCAGAAAUUGUUUGAAGCUGCUUAUACAGGAAAUGUUGAAUUGCUACGCAAAUCGCUUCAAGAAAAGCCAUUGAUUCUUAUUGAUGUUGCACUAACAUGUCCCCCGGAGUCUCUGCUACAUGUUGCAACUAAAGCUGGACAGCUUGAUUUUGUACGCGAGCUUAUAAAACACAAUCCCGAAUUAGCUAGAGAAUCAAGUGAGGAUGGUUUUAUGCCUAUGGACAUAGCUUCGAUGGCUGGGAACGUAGAAAUAGUGAAAGAACUAGUAAAAGUUGAUAAUAUGAUCUGUCGUCUCAAAGGCAAAGACCAGAGGACAGCGCUUCAUUAUGCUGCCAUCAAGGGGAGAGUUGAAGUAAUAGAUCUAUUGCUCUCCACCUGUCCAGAAUCUGUCGCAGAUGUCACCGUCCACGGAGAAACUGCCCUCCAACUAGCUGUGAAUAACCACCAAUUUAAAGCCUUUAGUGCUUUGCUCAAGAGGCUUGAAAAUCCCAGCAUGGAACCAGUCUUGAAUUGGGGUGAUCGCCAUGGAAACACUGUUUUGCACCUUGCAGCCUCUACAAAACAACUUGAGUUUAUAGAGCUACUGCUUUGUAACAGCGAUGCUAUUAGAGGGAUUGUGAAAGUGAACGCCACAAAUUCAAAGGGUUUGACAGCUAUGGAUCUACUAGAUAUAGUAAUGGAAAGUCCCAAUGAUGUCCAACUAAGAGAAAUCCUUCGACGUGCUGGAGCACUUGGGGCUCAAGAUGUUAGUCCUAUUCCUUCAAGACCUUCUCUUCAGCAGGUUUCAGAAUCCGAACAAACUCAGCAUGAGGCUCAAUCAGAAUCUCCAACAGAUUGGUUUAAAUAUUUUAAAUUUCAGUUGCAAAGAGAUUCACCAGGCGAAACACGCAAUGCACUGCUAGUAGUGGCUGCACUGAUUGCCACGGUCACCUUUCAAGCAGGCGUGAACCCUCCCACUGGCUUACUAGAAUCGAAAACCAAUUCAGCUUCUGGUAAUGGACCACCAGGAUCAGCAGCACCCACAGGAGCACAACAUUCACCAUUAAUAACCUCUAGUCUAGGUGAUACUAUUGCAAUUAUUGGCUCUCAUUCUACUAAACCAUUUUUGUUUUUGUUUGCAAACACAUUGGGGCUUACUGCGUCACUAAGCAUCAUAAUCUAUCUCACUGGAGGAUUUCCUUUCCAAAGGGAGCUCCUGGUUUCCAUAUACUCCAUGAUGUUCGCGUAUGGAUUUUCAAUUAAUAGCAUGAUAGAGGAGAAGAAAGUCAUCACAAAUAUACUUCUGGGAGUCGCCUUCAUUCUACCACUCUCUAUACGGUGGCUGCCAAAGUGGGGAAACAAAGUUUGGAAGUGGUUGAGACAACAAUCAGAGGCUAAUGAAGGUCCGGACAACCUUUCUAGAAUCUAAUUUCUGUGCUCAUACAAACACACUGGCUAUCAUAGUUCUCCUACUUAUAUUCAAGUGCUAUAUGCUGUUAACAUAUUUCUUCGGAGUUGAUGUUUUAUUGUAAUUACAUUUUUCAUUAUUUGUGUAAUAAAAGUAUUUAGUGUGUGCUCUCUAAUAAGUCAUUGUUAUAAGAAAAUUUACCUAGCUCA